AUGUAUAAUGAACGAGUUGCGAUCAAUCUUCCGUUACAAGCUGCUAAUGAAACUGAAACAAAAAUAGAUGAAGAUCCACCUCCGUAUCAAAAUCCGCAACUUGAUUUUAGUGGUGGAUGGAAAAAUCAUCGCUUUGCCAUUUUCUUCUGGAUUCAUACGAUUGCUGUCAUAUUAGUGAGCAUCAAACUAGGCAUACCCGUUAUAGCUCCCUAUAUCAAGCAUAAUGCAUUCGGUAAAUCGGAACAAAUAUCUUCCAAUCGUGACAUCAAACCAUUAUUGUGCGGAUUGGGUGGUGCAGCAACGGUUGGUGGAUUAGUCUCUUUUCUCAGCUUUAUUGCUCUACAAUUAUGUGCUGUUACAUUUGGAAAUAUUAUUCAUUUUAUAACAGCAUGUUCUAUCGGUCACUGGUGGUUUCCUAUUGAAGUUAGUCAACAAUAUACAAUCGGAACAAGUAUUAAACGAGCAUUUACGACAAAUUUCGGAACUAUUUGUUUUGGUUCAUUUUUUGAAGCUAUAAUCAAAUCUCUACGUUCUUCUACUAAGGAACAUCGUCGAAAGAGUAUUCUAUCGUGUAUUUUUGGAUGCAUUCUUCAAAUGAUUGAUGACUGUAUUGGUUAUCUCAACGAAUGGGCAUUUAUUUAUGCAGCACUUACUGGUCAAGGAUUUGUUCAAGCUAGUCGAAGUUUUCUCACGUUAUUCCAAGCACGUGGUUGGACAGCGAUUAUCAAUGACAGUCUCGUCGGAACUACAUUAUUCAUGAUUAAUUUCGUAAUAGGUGUCAUUUCUGCUGUUGCCGGAGAAGAAUUAUCUUCUAUUAAUUUAAAAUAUUUAAAAUAUGUUUCUCGUAAACUUGAUUAUAUUCAUUUUGUUAAAUUUGAAAAAAUAAUAAAAAAUUUUUUUUAUCAUGUUCAAAUUUUACGUAUAACAACAUGUUAUGAUCAAGCAUAUAUAAAUGCUAAACAAUGGGAAGAAUUAAUAUUAUUAUCUAUGCCAUAUUUACGUAUAUUGGAUAUAAAUCAUGAAGAUUCUAUACAAAAUAAUGAUUUAAAAUAUCAUGAUUUAAUUAAACAAUUUAAUUCUUCAUUUUAG